UGAAUAGAAAGAGUUGGCUGAAUGUUGUAUUCAAACAGGGCAAGUCCUGAUGUUCUUGCUCACUGUCUGCUGAAACACCAACAUUUUCUCUGACAGUAAAGUGUGUGUAUGGGUGUAUAUGUGUGCUCUGUGCAAAUAAAAGCUCCAUCAGUGUAUCAUCUCUAUAUCAGCUGAGAUCAAGAUACACCAAAGCUUCAUUUUUUGCCUCAAUCAUCUGUUUGUGACCUGAAAACUGCUCACUGCAAGUAAAUACAGGAAGCUGCUUUAUACAACGAUACAGUGCUUUUCUGUAAUUGGUCCUGGCUACCAAAGCUGUUGAGCUGGUUAUGGUGUAUUAGUGUGCAAAGGGCAAAGCUAGAAGGAUGGUUUUGUAUCCUGGAGUGGUGAGGUAUGGCUUUGGCAUGCUCUGUAUUCGGCGAGCGUACUUGCUAUCACGCUCAGCCCACGCGUCAUCUCGGAGCAUUGAGUACCGGCCUAUCAAAAAAGUUCUGGUAGCCAACAGAGGUGAGAUAGCAAUCCGUGUAUUCCGGGCAUGUACGGAGCUGGGGAUCCGGACGGUGGCUGUGUACUCUGAGCAGGAUACAGGCCAGAUGCACAGACAGAAAGCAGAUGAGGCUUACCUGAUUGGCAAAGGGCUGCCCCCUGUUGCUGCUUACCUCCACAUACCUGACAUCAUCAAAGUGGCCAAGGAGAAUAAUGUGGAUGCCAUCCAUCCAGGAUAUGGGUUCUUGUCAGAGCGGUCGGAUUUUGCCCAGGCCUGUGAGGACGCAGGGGUUAGAUUCAUUGGCCCAAGUCCAGAAGUUGUACAUAAGAUGGGAGAUAAAGUAGAGGCUCGUGCUCUAGCGAUCCAAGCUGGUGUUCCAGUCGUCCCAGGGACAAAUUCACCAAUAUCCUGUGUACAGGAAGCUCAGGAGUUUGCGAAGACCUACGGCUUUCCCAUCAUUUUCAAAGCAGCCUAUGGGGGAGGCGGUCGUGGUAUGCGGGUGGUCAGGGAGUAUGAGGAGUUAGAGGAGAAUUAUCAGAGGGCAUACUCUGAGGCUUUGGCUGCUUUUGGAAACGGCGCUCUGUUCGUAGAGAAGUUCAUUGAGAAACCACGCCACAUCGAGGUGCAAAUUCUAGGUGAUAAGUAUGGAAAUGUGAUCCAUUUGUAUGAGAGAGAUUGUUCCAUUCAGAGACGACAUCAGAAGGUGGUGGAGGUUGCUCCUGCUGCUCAGCUGGACCAACAUCUCAGAGACAGGCUCACCUCUGACUCGGUUAAACUGGCCAAGCAGGUUGGCUAUGAAAAUGCCGGCACAGUGGAGUUCCUGGUGGACAAACACGGAAAACACUACUUCAUAGAGGUCAACUCCCGUCUCCAGGUGGAGCACACUGUUACUGAGGAGAUCACUGACGUGGAUCUUGUCCAUGCACAGCUCCGUGUGUGUGAGGGCAAGAGUCUUCCUGACCUUGGCCUCCGACAGGAUAAGAUCAAGAUCAAUGGCUGUGCCAUCCAGUGCCGUGUCACUACAGAGGACCCUGCACGUGGAUUCCAGCCAGACACAGGACGACUAGAGGUGUUCAGGAGUGCAGAAGGAAUGGGUAUUCGCCUAGACAGCGCAUCUGCGUUCCAGGGUGCAGUUAUAUCACCGCAUUAUGACUCUCUAUUGGUCAAAGUCAUCUCAAGUGGGAAGGAUCUGCCAACUGCAGGGAGUAAGAUGCUCCGGGCUCUGGCAGAGUUCCGCAUCCGUGGAGUGAAGACAAACAUUCCUUUCCUGCAGAACGUUUUGAGUAAUAAUCAGUUUUUGUACAGCACUGUGGACACACAGUUUAUCGAUGACAACCAGGAACUGUUCAACCUCAAACCGACACAGAACCGUGCCCAGAAACUCCUGCAUUAUCUGGGACAUGUGAUGGUAAAUGGGCCAAUGACACCAAUUCCAGUCAAAGCCAAGCCUUCUACCAUAGACCCGGUUAUUCCUCCUGUCCCUCUAGGUGAGCCUCCUGCAGGUUUCCGUGAGGUCCUGUUGAAAGAAGGUCCUGAGGGUUUUGCCCGGGCAGUAAGGCAGCAUCAGGGUUUGCUCCUUAUGGACACCACAUUCAGAGACGCACAUCAGUCUCUGCUGGCCACUCGUGUCAGAACACAUGACCUGAAAAAGAUCGCCCCGUACGUCUCACACAACUUCAGCAAUCUCUUCAGUGUGGAGAACUGGGGAGGUGCUACAUUCGACGUGGCUAUGCGUUUCCUCUCAGAAUGUCCGUGGCGUAGGUUGCAGCAGCUAAGAAAACUCAUACCCAAUGUACCUUUCCAGAUGUUGCUGAGAGGAGCUAAUGCAGUGGGUUACACCAACUACCCUGACAACGCUGUGUUCAAGUUUUGUGAAGUGGCAAAGGAGAAUGGUAUGGACAUCUUUCGUGUGUUUGACUCUCUAAACUACCUGCCUAACAUGCUGAUGGGGAUGGAGGCUGCUGGCUCAGCUGGAGGCGUGGUGGAAGCAGCCAUCUCUUACACAGGAGAUGUCUCUGAUCCUAUGAGGCAGAAAUACUCCCUGGAAUAUUAUUUGCAGCUAGCAGAGGAACUUGUCAAGGCGGGGACACAUAUACUGUCUAUAAAGGACAUGGCUGGUUUGUUAAAACCCGAGGCGAGUCAUUUGCUCAUCACAGCUCUGAGAGAUCGAUUCCCAGAUGUUCCAAUCCACAUACACACUCAUGAUACGGCAGGCGCAGGCGUGGCAGCCAUGUUGGCAUGUGCUGAGGCGGGUGCUGAUAUCGUAGAUGUGGCAGUGGACUCCAUGGCUGGCAUGACAUCUCAGCCCAGCAUGGGUGCUAUAGUGGCCUGCACCAAAGGCACUAAACAUGACACUGGCAUAUCUCUGGAGAAUGUGUUUGACUACAGCGAGUACUGGGAGGUCGCUCGUGGACUGUAUGCUCCUUUUGACUGUACUGCCACUAUGAAGUCUGGAAAUGCCGAUGUCUAUGAGAACGAGAUCCCAGGAGGCCAAUACACUAACCUGCACUUCCAGGCCCAUAGCAUGGGUCUGGGCAACAAGUUUAAAGAGGUGAAGAAAGCGUAUGCUGAGGCCAACAAACUGCUGGGUGACCUUAUCAAGGUGACUCCAUCGUCAAAGAUUGUGGGAGACUUGGCACAAUUCAUGGUUCAAAACUCGCUCUCCAGGGCCGAGGUAGAAGAGCGGGCAGAUGAACUCUCCUUCCCUCUGUCUGUGGUGGAGUUUCUGCAGGGACACAUCGGCAUUCCUCACGGAGGCUUCCCAGAGCCGUUCAGGUCAAAGGUGCUUAAAUCGCUGCCUAGGAUAGAGGGUCGUCCAGGUGCAUCCCUGCCACCCAUGGACUUCAAAAAGCUUGAGGCUGAUCUACGUACAGCACAUGGAGAGGACAUCACUCCUGAAGAUGUGAUGUCAGCAGCCAUGUAUCCAAAAGUCUUUCAGGAGUAUAAAGAGUUCAGAUCCAAUUUUGGGCCCGUUGAAUGUCUCAACACCCGCCUGUUUCUCGAUGGACCAAAAAUUGCAGAGGAGUUCCAGGUUGAGUUGGAAAGAGGAAAAACGUUACAUAUCAAAGCCUUGGCUUUGGGGGACCUAAACAAAGCUGGACAGAGAGAGGUGUUUUUUGAGCUGAACGGUCAACUGCGGUCUCUCCUAGUCAAAGAUAUGGUGGCGAUGAAGGAGAUGCACUUCCAUCCAAAGGCUUUGAAAGACGUCAAAGGUCAGGUGGGAGCCCCCAUGCCAGGGAAGGUGGUGGAGCUGAAGGUGAAACAGGGUCAGAAGGUGGAGAAAGGUCAGCCUCUCUGUGUGCUCAGUGCCAUGAAGAUGGAGACUGUGGUGAACUCGCCGCUCUCUGGAACCGUGGCCAAGGUCUACAUCAAGACCGAUAGCACACUGGAAGGGGACGAUUUGAUCCUGGAGAUCACAGAGUAAAGGUUAAAGGCCAAGAAUAGAUUAAUGGGCAUAGAUUAAACAUAAACCCACCCGCACUGAUGAUGCUGUCUACAAGGACAAUGCUUUGCUAAUUGGUAUUGAAUUUUAUAAAUACAUUUUAUGCAAUUUUAUACGUAUCCACAGCAAGUACAAGAAAGAUGUAACAACCAAAGAAAUCAGCAAGAGAUCUUUAUUUUGAAAGUGUGUUAUCUACAUAAUACAUAAUACUUAACUAGAGUGUAGGUUCUCUCUCCGCCAUCGGUGUGAAACAUACACAUUCAUCUAGCAAAACCUUAUCUAUGCCAUUUUGUAUCUAGCUAUGUGAGUUAUAUUUUCCACGUUGAUGACUCUAGUCCUGAAAGUGAUCAAUGAAUUUAUUGCCUGUUAAUGUGAUUCAUUUUAAAUUAUGAAAAUGAAUGAGGUUUUAUGUGCAUGUUCACAUAAGAUCUUUUCCAUACCCAUUUUGCCUAAAUGCUACAUUACUGGAAGAUUAUAUACAUAAUAGAUGUAAAAUAUUAAUGUCCUCUCCAGGACAUGCAGUAAAAAUUAAAACAGAGUAUUAAAUGGGUUACAAUGAUAAUGUAUCUCAUAUGAAAUCAUGUGCUCUAAAUUUAAGUAAUUAUGGAACUAUUUUAUAAUUAAAUUGUACAAUCAA